ACCAUCCUCUAAUUGUGAAGGAUAUCUACCACUUACUUCAGGGUUCAUAUGGGGUGACCCUCACUUUGAGACGUUUGAUGGAAGCACGUUCACAUUCAAUGGAGUCGGUGAAUAUCAGUUGAUACAAUCAUCAGUACAUGAACUUAAUGUACAAAUAAGACUGCAAGCAUAUAUAGGUAAUGCGACUGUAUUAACAGCUGUUGCUAUUAAGAGUGCUAGCUCUCAGCUGGUCCAGUUUGAACUAAACUCUCUCGGCUCUUUUGUACUUUACAUUGGAAACUCAGAGCACAGGGACAUCCCACGGGAUGGGGAGUACCUCGUUGUCACGGAAACAGGAACAUACAAUAACGCCCACCUCUCAUCAGCCAACCCCGCCCACAUUAAUAAUGUCUACAUACUAAACAGUGGUGACUCUAUGAUUGUUAGUACCGGGUCUGGAGCUGUUUUAAAUAUUGGGAAGCAAGAGGGAUUUUUGUACAUGGGAGUCGAGCUGGGUCCUGAAUUUUCUGGUACCACAGGGGGUCUGUUGGGGUCUAAUGACGGUGUUAAUAAUAAUGAUUAUCUGCUACGCAAUGAAAGUGUCCUGAGUUAUGACCUGACUGAAGAACAGGUGUACUAUAACUUUGGAUUAGAAU